GCAAAAAAAAAAAACAGAACAAAACGAAAAGUACGAAGAAGAAGAGAGAAAAGGCGAUAUGGAAAAUAGAAGAAGGAGCUUUCCGACACACUGCAACUAAGUCAUGAAAAUAUGGCAAACACGCCAGACUGCUAACUUGAAAUACUGCAACUAAGUCAUGGAGAUGUUGAAAUUACAGUUUUUUUUCUUUUUAAAUCAUCGUUUAGCCAAAAUUAACUAGAAACUUAAAUUCAGGUUGUUUCACUACUAACAUUUUUUGAAGUAUCAAAUUAAAAUUAUUAAAGGUCAAAAAAUAAAACUAACACGUUAGUAAUAAAACAAACCAUAUAAUGAAUCAAACUACGGUAGUUUUUAAAAAAAAUUAUGGUUUUGUCAAAUAGUUUGGCUUGUUUCACUAAUAACACAUCUUUGUAAGUAACAAAUUAAGAUUAAUUAAAAUCAAAAACUAAAAAUAAGUCAAUAGUAAUAAAAUAUACCAAAUUAUAAAUCAAAGUACAAUUUAUUUUCUAAAAAGAAAUUUUGUCGUUUAGUCAAAGUUAACUUGAAGCUUAAAUUAGGCUUGUUUCACUACUAACACAUUUUGUUGAAGUAUUAAAAUUAUUAAAAUUCAAAAUCUAAAAAUAACUCUUUAGUAAUAAAAUAAACCGAAUUUAUAUCGAUAUCAAGUCCAUUCUUUACGAAACAAGAAAUUUGUGAUAUUUCUAUAAAGAAUUGAUAUUUUACAGUCAGUCCAUAUUUUGGCAUUAUUUUAAAGAUUUUUUUGCAUUUAUGAUUUUGCCAACCUGUUAAGUGGUUAAAACAGUUUUGGAAAGUUGUUCAAAUAACAGUAUUUUUUUUUUUACAAAUUUAUCAUUUAGUUAAAACUAGUUAGAAACUUAACUUGUUCACUACUAACACAUAUUUUGAAGUAACAGAUUAAAAUUAUUAAAAAUUAAAAAUUAAAGUAAUGCUUUAGUAAUAAAAUAAAUUAUAAAUAAAAUUACACUUAAAAAAAGAAUUAUCGCUUAGUCAAAAUUAACUAAAACUUAAAUUCGGGUUGUUUCAAUGACACAUUUUUUGAAAUAAAAAAAUUUAAAUUAUUAAAAGUCAAAAAGUAAAAAAUAACAUUUUAGUAAUAAAAUAAACCAAAUUUAUAUCGAUAUUGUCAAUUUUUACGAAACAAUAAAUUUGUGAUAUUUCUAAAAAGAAUUGAUGAAUUCUACUCGUUACAUAUUUUUGGCAUUAUUUUAAAAAGAUUUUUGCAUUCAUGAUUUUGCCAGCCUGUUAGGUGGUCAAAAUUUUUUUUGGAAUGUUAUUCAGACAAAAAGUCUGACUAUUAGUAAACAAAUUUAAGUAAAAUAUUUUUUGAGCAUUGAAGUAAUUUAAUUAAGUGUAGAAAAAAAUUCAUUACUAAUGAAAAAGCCUAUUACAAGCCCAUAAUAGAUUGCUUAUAAAUCAGAAUGAGAAGAUAUAAUUAACCAAACACCACAAGAGAGAAAAACUCGAAGAAAAUAUUUCGAUCCUUAUCAACAUUUCUGAACCAAAAUUUUCUGAAAUGAAUCCGUUGAAUCUAGCCACCACAAGCUCACCACCUCCAGUUGCUAAUGAUCUCUUGGCGAAGCGAAAGAGACGCCGUCCACGCAAAGAUGAAACCACAACACAGCCUCAACAAGAAAACGUUAACCUGGUUGGUAAGACGUUUUCUGCUGUGGUCGCAGGAUCUUUCGACACGGGGCACAUCGUCAAUGUCAAGGUGAAGGACAGUGACACGGAACUGAUAGGUUUCGUGUUCAGGAAGGGAAAAGUCACUCCGGUAGCUCCUGAAAACGACGUGGCUCCCCAUGUUAAAAUGGUUGCGAAAGAAGGAAUCAAGAACCAAACUGAUCUCCCUCCUAAUGAUCAACCAGUGAAAGAUGUGGAGAUCUGUGAAUCUGCUCGACCGUUGUCUCUAGUGCCGUAUCAGAGCGAUGACGAAGAACCCAAGGAAGCUGUGGUGGAGGAGAGAGAUGGAGUUAUGGAAGAAGGAGAAGCUGCGACUCCUUUGCUGGAGUUUUUUCCAACUCCGGAGGCGACUGUGGUGGCUUCUCAACAGAAUCUUGCCUUGGCACAGAAAGAAGAGGCUACAGGUGAGGCUCGUGGGUUUGGUGUUGAGGAACCUGUUGGUCCGGUAGAGAAAGUGCCGCAGGAGCUUAGGCUAGAGCUUGGGAACAAGAUGAUAAUGAGUGGAGACAGCAAAAAUGGAACAGAUCCUAACACAUCUGUGUCCAAGAGUGGCUUCGUAGCGAAUUUGUUUGAAGGAGAAGGCAAUAAGGUUGACUGUGCCAUGGAGGAAGAAGCAGCUCCAUCAGUUCCGUAGUUAACAAAAUGAACACCGUUCUGUUAUUUUAUAUUGUAAGACUCUCCAUUGCCUAUUCUGUUUUUCUCUUGUUUCAGUUGUUUGUUUAAAACAUUUGUGUUCAGUGUUUGUUGUAAAACUAUUUCUUCGUCUGGUUAUUCAAGCAUUUGUUUCCUU